GCGGCGGCGCUUCCGCCUCGCGGGUCCGGGCCGGGUGCGAGCGGCCCCGCGAUGUGGCUGAGUCCGGAGGAGGUGCUGGUGGCCAACGCACUGUGGGUGACGGAGCGGGCCAACCCCUUCUUCGUGCUGCAGCGGCGCCGGGGCCACGGCAAGGGCGGCGGCCUUACGGGUCUUCUUGUGGGCACCCUGGACGUUGUGUUGGAUUCAAGUGCCCGCGUGGCCCCUUACCGCAUCCUGCACCAGACCCAGGAUUCGCAGGUCUACUGGACUGUGGCAUGUGGUUCUUCCCGCAAAGAGAUCACAAAACACUGGGAAUGGCUGGAAAAUAACUUGCUCCAAACACUGUCCAUCUUUGACAAUGAAGAAGAUAUCACCACUUUUGUCAAGGGCAAAGUACACGGCAUCAUCGCAGAAGAGAACAAAAACCUGCAGCCCCAGGGAGACGAGGACCCUGGGAAGUUCAAGGAGGCUGAGCUGAAGAUGCGGAAACAGUUUGGGAUGCCUGAGGGCGAGAAGCUGGUCAACUACUAUUCCUGCAGCUUCUGGAAGGGCCGAGUGCCCCGGCAGGGCUGGCUCUACCUGACGGUCAACCACCUGUGUUUCUACUCCUUCCUGCUGGGGAAGGAAGUGAGCCUUGUAGUGCAGUGGGUAGACGUCACACGGCUAGAGAAGAAUGCCACCCUGCUUUUCCCCGAGAGCAUCCGAGUGGACACCCGUGACCAAGAGCUUUUCUUCUCCAUGUUCCUCAACAUUGGCGAGACCUUCAAGCUCAUGGAGCAGCUGGCCAACUUGGCCAUGCGGCAGCUACUGGACAGUGAGGGUUUCCUGGAGGACAAGGCCCUGCCCAGGCCCAUCCGGCCUCACAGGAACAUCUCAGCUCUAAAACGAGACCUGGAUGCCCGAGCCAAGAACGAGUGCUACCGGGCCACAUUCCGGCUGCCCAGGGAUGAGCGGCUAGAUGGCCAUACAAACUGCACCCUAUGGACGCCAUUCAACAAACUGCACAUCCCUGGCCAGAUGUUCAUUUCCAACAACUACAUCUGCUUUGCCAGCAAAGAAGAAGAUGCAUGCCACCUCAUUAUACCCCUGAGGGAGGUGACCAUUGUCGAGAAAGCUGACAGCUCCAGUGUCCUGCCCAGCCCUCUGUCCAUUAGCACCAAAAGUAAAAUGACCUUCUUGUUUGCCAACCUAAAAGACCGUGAUUUCUUGGUUCAGAAGAUCUCUGACUUCCUCCAGAAAACUCCAUCCAAGCAGCCAGGCAGCAGCUUUGGAGGGAGGACAGCCAGCGUUGCAGACCCAGGCCCAGAGUCUUCCUCAGCUCCUCAGGAGGCAUCAGCCCAGUCCACCAGCCCGGCCUCUCCCCUCAGCAGCUGCCAGAGCUUCUGUGCACAGAAGGCACCAACCACUUCCCAGGGCCUGCUCAAACUCUUCCAGGGAAACUCGCCCAUGGAGGACCUCGGAGCCAAAGGGGCCAAGGAGAAGAUGAAAGAAGAGUCAUGGAACAUCUACUUCUUUGAGUAUGGGCGAGGCAUGUGCAUGUACCGCACGGCCAGGACACGGGAGCUAGUCCUGAAGGGCAUCCCUGAGAGCCUCCGGGGGGAGCUUUGGCUUCUCUUCUCUGGGGCUUGGAAUGAGAUGAUGACUCACCCUGGCUACUACACCGAGCUGGUAGAAAAGUCUAUGGGGAAGUGUAGCCUGGCAACGGAAGAGAUCGAGAGGGACCUCCACCGCUCAAUGCCUGAGCACCCCGCUUUCCAGAAUGAGCUUGGGAUUGCUGCACUCCGGCGGGUGCUGACUGCCUAUGCUUUCCGAAACCCCACCAUUGGCUACUGCCAGGCGAUGAACAUCGUGACCUCAGUGCUCCUGCUAUAUGGCAGUGAGGAGGAAGCCUUCUGGCUCCUAGUGGCCCUUUGCGAGCGCAUGCUGCCCGACUACUACAACACCAGGGUAGUGGGAGCCCUGGUGGACCAGGGCAUCUUUGAAGAGCUCACAAGGGACUUUCUGCCCCAGCUCUCGGAGAAGAUGCAGGACCUGGGGGUGAUCUCCAGCAUCUCACUAUCCUGGUUCCUGACCCUCUUCCUCAGUGUCAUGCCAUUUGAGAGCGCUGUAGUCAUUGUUGAUUGCUUCUUCUAUGAGGGCAUCAAAGUGAUCCUGCAGGUGGCCCUAGCCAUCCUGGAUGCCAACAUGGAGCAGCUGCUAGACUGCAGUGACGAGGGCGAGGCCAUGACCGUGCUGGGCAGGUACCUGGAUAAUGUGGUCAAUAAGCAGAGUGUUUCUCUUCCUAUUCCACACCUCCAUGCCUUGCUGACCAGCGGGGAUGACCCCCCUGAAGAGGUGGACAUCUUUGAGCUUCUGAAAGUGUCUUAUGAGAAAUUCAGCAGUCUGAGAGCCAAUGACAUUGAACAGAUGCGGUUUAAACAGAGACUGAAAGUGAUCCAGUCCUUGGAGGACACAGCCAAGAGAAGUGUGGUCCGAGCUAUACCUGUGGACAUUGGUUUCUCAAUUGAAGAGCUGGAGGACCUCUACAUGGUGUUCAAGGCCAAACACCUGGCAAGCCAGUAUUGGGGGAGCAGCCACAUGGUCGCCAUUCGUCGGGACCCCAGCCUUCCAUACCUGGAGCAGUACCGGAUUGAUGCAAGCCAGUUCCAGGAACUCUUUGCCAGCCUGACACCCUGGGCCUGUGGCUCCCACACCCAUGUGCUGGCAGGGCGCAUGUUCCGGCUUCUGGACAAAAAUAAGGACUUACUGAUCAACUUCAAGGAGUUCGUGACAGGGAUGAGUGGGAUGUACCAUGGAGACCUGACAGAGAAACUCAAGGUGCUCUACAAGCUACACCUUCCCCCAGCUCUGAGCCCUGAGGAGGCUGAGUCAGCCCUGGAGGCAGCCCACUAUUUCACAGAGGACAGCUCCUUGGAAGAAGCACUACAACCAGAAGAGCGAGAAGGGAGCAGAAAUGAAGAUGUCCGAGAAAAAAGAGGAGAGGAGAAGGCAACCAGCCCUCCAGACUAUCGUCACUAUCUUCGAAUGUGGGCCAAGGAGAAGGAGGUUCAGAAGGAGACGAUCAAGGAUCUUCCCAAGAUGAACCAGGAGCAGUUUAUCGAACUUUGCAAGACCCUUUACAACAUGUUCAGUGAAGACCCCAUGGAGCAAGACUUGUACCAUGCCAUUGCCACAGUGGCCAGCCUCCUCCUCCGUAUUGGUGAAGUAGGAAAGAAGUUCUCGGGCAGGAAGCCCAGGGACGGUGCCCACAGUGGGGACCACGAUGUUGCCACAGAAGACGAGCCAUCAGCACAUGAGCCCCAUCAGGAUGCAACCCGGGAGGCCCAGCCACCAGCUGGAGGAGACCCCCAGGCCAAAGCCGGUGGUGACACCCACCUGGGAAAAGCACCACAGGAGAGCCAGGUGGUGGUUGAGGGGGGCAGUGGUGAGGCACCUUCUCAGCUGUUAUCCGAUGAUGAGACCAAAGAUGACAUGUCCAUGUCCUCCUACUCAGUGGUCAGCACAGGCUCCCUGCAGUGUGAGGACCUCACUGAUGACACGGUGCUGGUGGGGGGUGAGGCCCGCAGCCCCACAGCACAUAUUGGAGGCACCGUCGACACUGACUGGUGCAUCUCCUUCGAGCAGAUCCUCGCCUCCAUCCUGACAGAGUCUGUGCUGGUGAACUUCUUUGAGAAGAGAGUAGAAAUUGGACUUAAGAUCAAGGACCAAAAGAAGGUGGAGCGACAGUUCAGCACCUCCAGUGACCAUGAGCAGCCUGGAGUUUUGGGCUGACCUCUGCAGCUGCACAGGCCCUGCCAAGGCCUCGUCUGCUCAUGCCUUCCUUUCCAUUUUUCCUCUCAAGGCAUACUGUUCCUUUUCUCCCUGGAGCUGAGUGUUGUGGGUGGAAAGACAGCUGAAGGAGGCACAGAAGCCUUAGAUUCCUUGGGGUUGCAUCUCCUGGCACCAGCUGCUUCCAGGGCCCAGGAAAAAGGUGGUGCCCCCACCUUCCUCUUUGCCCAGUGGGAGCCCGCCUGGCACCCAGCCACGCCUGCGUAGUGUUAGAGGCUCUCAGAUCCACUCUACUUGCCUCCUGCUGCUGUGUCCCAUAAGUGGCCUGGCCACACACAGUCUCCCACCCACAGGAUACUGUCUUGCAGCUGUGUGGUCCAGGGUCAUGGGCUUGUUUGGGCACCAAAGUGACAGAAGCUUCAGGGUACUCUCUGGGAGCCCUUGAGCCUAAGCCUACUGACUGAAGAACACAGACAAAAAUCAUCACAGGGUGGCUACUGCAAACAGGCAUGACAUUAUGUGCUCUCUCAGUUCAUUAUCUUACUGUUAACUUUAAGCGCAUAUCCCUCAGGUCCUAAUAUCUUUCCUUGGAUUUAUUUCAGUUGGCUAAAAAUUACACUGUGCUCAAUGCCUUAAUAAAUCCCUAAAAGAAAUAAAAUCCACACUGUGUACAGUGCCUUACUGUGGCCCUUGCACACUGCUUUUAGACCUCUUAGCUUCUCCCAGGGCCAGGUACAGGGCCUGGGCUGUGUUCAGAAAGUUGGAAGACAGUCCCCCAGAUGGGGUGGGGAGUGCAAUCCUUGCCAGAUUGGAUGUGGCAAUAGAAGGUGCUGGUGCAGGCUGGGCAGGGCCUCUAUUGACCUGUGAUGAGGGCCACCCUGAUCCCUACCCAUCUCUUUGAGUGGGAAGCUAUGCAGGAAGUUGAGUCCUUGGGGCUGGGCCACAGAAAGUCAUUGACCCUGAGGUUUAGGAACCAGACUGUGGGGCCACAGGCUGAGCCAGAGUAGGGCUGAGUCACAAGAAGCCCUCACUUUGCAACAAGAGCUAAAGCUGAUCAUUGGUGUCCAGUGUUUUGCCCACACACAGGGCUGCUCCUGCUUCUAUUAUAAGAUACAGCAGUCUCCCCUUUAUGCCCAGGGAAUAUGUUCCAAGUCCUCUGAGUGGGGGCCUGAAACUUCAAAUAGUCCUGAGCCCUAUAUAUACUGUGUCUUUCUUAUACAUGCAUACCUAAGAAAAAGUUUAAUGUAUGAAUUAGGCACAGUAGGAGA